CCGGGACCUUGACGCUGCGCCACACGCUCCACCGAUAGCGCCGCUAUACUCGCCACCGCGACAGAGUUCCGCUUCGCUGUGUUGUUCAAACAUAAAGAAGAGGAUGUAAAAGUGAGGGCGCAAAGUCUCGUGGAGGGUGCAGCGGGCGCGGGGCGCUUGGCGCGCGUGCGCGGGCAGCGCGCAGGCGCGUGGGCGGGGCCAUCGUGACAUCACGCGGCUGGCGGCGCCGCCACGAGCCCGCCACCACCAGCUGCCCGAGAGAGCCUGCGACCACGGCGCCGCCGCCGCCUGAGGCACCCGCGAUCAGCACCCGCACUCACUCAUCUUCCCGACCGCACACUUGACACACCGUGACCCCGUUAGAUACACGUUUCCGUUCAGUCACGCGAAGGUGCAGUGAACCAGUGUUCAGAUUAUGUGCGUCCAUUGGAUUUCGUCGACAGCUGUUCACUUUACAUAAGCGGAUUUACAUAAGCCGAAGCGCCUGAGCGGUUAUGUUUAAUCGUUUAAAAACGUGUUCUAAUCCGCAUCUGAUUUUAGAUGAGUGAAAGACAAAAAUUGGAAUGCAGUGUUCGGAAGUUCCUCGAAACGUGAAGUGAUUGUCGCCGCUCAAGUGUGCUCUUUGUGUAGGUGUAUUGACAGGUGACAGUAAGUGCUCCCAGUGUGACGGACAUGGUGUAGCGCAUGGAAGGCGCGCCGGCGCCGGCGCCGGGCCCGCGCCAGUCUCGUCGCGGGCCCGCGCCAUUUGCCUCCUUCGACCACGACGUCUCUGACGAGGUGAGACAGACAUCAAGCCCUGAAUCGAAGCAGACGUUUCAGUUGCCUGAAAUCGUUGAGGACACGGCCGCUUCUCCUGCCGUGUCACUCGCGCCGCCGGAGCAACGCGCGCGUUCGCACUCAUCGCCAGCCGUGGCGGGCGCGCUGGGCGCAGCGCCGCGCAUUGACAUUUCUCGUGCCUCCAGCUCCAGCCACCACGACUCGCGAGAUUCAUCGCCUGAGAUGGCACUGUUCGCGGGCACCGCUGAAGAUGCCGACACGCGAGGUCGUCUCGAUAUCGGCUUUCGCGAGGACGGUGCGGCCGAACUGCGCUCGUCCACUGAGGAACUUGCAUUUUUAGAAGGUGCUCCCGGAGAAACAACGCGCACUCAACAACCGCCGCCUCCACCACUACCACCGCCUAAUACGUCCGUCUCGCGUCGCCACUCGCGCAAGGAUAGCCAAGGCUCCGAGGCCGCUCUCCUGGCGGUGUCCGGCCGGACGAGCCGUCUGUCGAGCGUCGGCUCGCAGUGCUCCGCGCACUCGGCUCUUUCUGGCUUCAGCGCGUCGCGCGUGUCACGUCUCUCUGUCGUGUCGGGCACAUCACGUUCCCCGUCGCCACACAAAAUGAUCCUUGAGACAUCCUUCUGUGGACCAAAGCCGAUAGAGACCGAUCCUGAAAUUUGUGCUGCAGCUGUGGAAGAGCGGCUUCUAGAGUUGGUCCGCGCAACAGAUCCUGCGCCUGCGCCCGCGAAUACGCGCGAUCGCCGUGAGGUGCGCACCGAAGCCACAGUCGAGAGCACGAGCACCAGGCCUGCCGUGCCGCGUGCACCUGCAUCCACGCCCGUUCCCACUAAACCCGUGGUUACGGAACCUACGGUAGUCGUUGCAAUCACGCCUGCUGAAGAAAAGAGGCAAAAAGAAACAAAAAAUCAAGCCCGAGCGGCGCGCUCUAAAGAGCGUUUGUCUGAACCAGAGUUUUAUAAGCAUAGAAAUCGCUCCAAGGACAUUAUCAGAAUAAAGCUCAAACCCGAUUCUGAAUAUGAGGAUGAUGAUGAUGAGAGUGAGCACACGCUGGUGGCGGGCGAGGCUCGGAAACCGGCUACAUUAGAGUUAGCCGCGGGGCGCGCGAGUCCGUCGCCCCAGCGGCGAUCUCCCUCGCCGGCCGGAGGCCCCACGUCACGGAAAUCUUCCUUCUGCUCACUAUUCAAGUCGCGCGAGACAAUCGCCUCACCAGAUUCUCCAUCAGGUGUUCGUCGCAAGAAAAGUCUCACAGAAGGCCGCUCGCGUAGCAAGAGCCGAGACCGAGACCGUUCGACGACUCCUUCCUCCGCCGGCAAGCUCCGCGGCUCCGUGCUCUCUUUGUUCAAAACACCACGCCGCAGUGGCGCGUCUCCAUCGCCGAGUUCUCGAGCUGGAUCGCGGCCCUCCUCCCCCGGGCCGCCGUGCGUGCCACCGCCCGAUCGCUCACGCCGUAGUUCCGAGAAACUAAAGUACUAUGAAGACGGCGGGAUUAUUCACAUUCCGCUGCGAACUCCGCCGGACGAGCGACCUAGCUCUAGUACUCGUCGACCAGGAUCGGAGCCGGAUGCGAGAGUGGAAAUUCUACCGGAGCUGACGCGGCCCGCCUCAGCUCCUCACCCGCGUGACCGACCCGAGCCUCUCCCGUCAGUGUCCUCCGUUCACGCGCAAAAACCCGUCCAUCGCACGGUUCUGCCCGACGGCAGUAUCAUAAUCCCACUGCACUCCCCCACCGAACGGACGGCCUCGAGCAAGCCGGAACCGACCGUGAUCACACCCGCGCCGGACUCAGAUACGGUAACUCCAGAUUCGCGGCGCAGUAUCAUUUCCUCAGAAUCUCGACGUAGUGUGGUGACCCCCGAUUCACGAGUCGGUACCACCUCGGAGUCAAAACAAAUAGACGAUAGCAGAAAUGGUGACAUGCGAACAUCCAGUUCAGACGAGGGAAAAGUGGAGGUAGCCCCUGAGCCGGCGCCGACGGGCGAGCGCCGCAAGCAGCGGCUCGUGUUUACGACGCACGUCGGUAGCCGCGAGCAAGUGUUUAGCACUCAGUUCAGCAUCACCAAGACGCCGAGCGUCACUAGUGAGAUAUCCGAGUCACUGCCAAGCUUCGAGCCGAGUCUGCCCGAGGAGCAUCCGCCGCUGCUACGUGACACGCAUAUUACGUGCGCCGAGCCGGCGCCUCGUCCCACUCCCGCACCUCCGGUGCCCGUCGUUAAGUCCCCGCCCGGAAGCGACGCUGAACGCGCGUCGGCCGGUUCGCGGCGGUCACUCGCCGAGACGCGGUCGCCUACGCGAGGCUCUUCCGACUCGGAGGGCAGUUCGGAAGCCACACCGGCGCGCGGCGGCAGCGACGUCGAGCAGCGCGGCCUGGUCGUCCAGGAGUCUUUCGAAGACGAACUGCCAUACGUGCCGACCACGUUGCCAAUGGAGCGGUCGCUGGCGUUGCCGAUGGUGCCGGUCCGCGAGCGAGGAGCGCGCGUGACGACGGCGGGGACGCGGCGGCCGCGCGCGCCGCCCGCGCCGCGCACGCCGCCGCCGCCGCCGCCGCCGCCAGCAGCGCCGACGGGCGAGAAGCUGCGCAUCAAGCUGCCGCGCCGCCCGCGCACCGCCUCCGCUUGCGGUCCGCCGCGUCCGGAGCGGCCCAGGACACGAAGCGGUGGAGAUGGUCCAUCAGAGGCCCGCGCGAAGCCCGAAUGGAUCGACUUCGAAGAAGUCCCAGAACGGCGGAAGCAGCCAAAGCGGAUCCAAACACUGCCAGCGGCGGCCGCGUCGGAGGCUCGCGACGUGGUGUUCAGCUAUGUGGAGCCCGAAGAGUGUCGCUGCGAGUGCCACGCCAAUGCUCGCCAGGACGACGAGCUGCCCUUACUGACGGGGCCUUCCGACUCUCAAGAUCUUAGCUCACCUGAAGGCUGCUCAGUAGAGCUGCGGGUAGCAGCGCGGCCGUUCGUGGCAGACUUCGACCUGCGUACGCCUGACGUCGAUCCGCCGCCCAUAGACGCUCCAGCGCGGCCCUCGUCGCGGCGCCACUGACGCGUGGCCCGCACCUCACCGCCCGCUCGCGGGCCUCCUUCUAGUCCUUAAAGAGUUUUAUACUUAUAACAAUAAAGCCUGGAACAGCAGUGAGCCAGUUUAACUUUUCUUUGAAUUGAAAAAAAAAAUACGCUCAUAUCGCGCAUGCGUAACUGGUAUGUCUUAGGUCAUGAUGGUUUAUGUCCUUCGAUAACGAUAUUAAUUCGGAAGCAAUAAAUAGACACUGGAAAUUUUUCGGUGUAGUCACCCUAUUUAAUCAGUCAGAUUUUCUGAAUUUCAGACUGUGAUAGUCCCGUAUGAAGAAGAAAAAUGAUGAUAGUUGUUAAGACUUCAAAUCUUAAGCUUCUAUCUAGCCUUUAUUGUUGUAAGGUUUUAUAAAUCAUAUUCACUAUUGACUCGAAGCGAGUUGUUAUCAUUUUUGAGAUGUAAAUUUACCCCGUUCUAUAUAUUUACAGCGUCGUUUAUAUCUCUCCUAUUAGCCACCGUUGACCUUGCAUUUUUUGAUGUUUAUUGACUUGUUCGGAAGCGUAUUGCGGUUGUUAUAGUACGUGUAUAGUGAGGUGGCGAGGCGCGUGAAUGUUUGUUUGCACGUCACCUUUGUACCUGCCGCUACGGUGCGAAUAGUUUUCUAGUUUCUUUGGCCGAAUCUCAGAACCUUGAUGGACGCUUCGAGUAGUAGUCUUGGUUUACGGGAAUCUCAUUCAGGUCAUAAUUGAUUUUUGAAAAUCCAUCAAGUGGUUUUUAAAAAAAGCUGUGCGCUCGUUGCGUUAUUAAACUACUUAAUUAAUGUGUGUAGGUAAAUCCCUACCCGCCUAAUAUUUCAUUGGCAAAACUAAAACAAACUUUCAUAAGUUGUCAACUGACUGCUAAAAUCAAAAUAAUGAACCCAAGCGAAAAAAAAUUGCAGAGGCAAAGUGCAAAAAUUCAACAUACGAUACAACAGGCCAUUAGUAUCUCGAACCUUUCUCAUCGAACGGUUGAAUAUCAAAGUUUAGAGGUAGCUUAGGAGUAUUAUAUUGAAUUAGCUCAAACGUUUAGAAGGCGCGACCUGCGACGUGGGACUUCCCUUCCCGUCUACGCCUCGGUCUCGACGCUCAAAAAAAGAAAAAAGGCUCGUAUUUGCACAAAUAUGUUGCAAUAUUAUAUUAUUGCUUUGCUUCCAACAACUUUUCUUUAAUUUUUGGUGAGAUUCGGCCAAGGAAACUUAGAACUACAGCGGCGAGGACGCCGGCGUGCGAUUUGUAUUUUCUCUUUAUCUAUAGUGUAUAAAUAUUGCAUGAGUACGAAGACAUUUCAUAAGUAGACCUUAUCUGGUUCGAUUAAGGUUCUAAUAUCCUAAGUGUCUUUGAAGGUACGAAUGUAGCGCCGCCGGUGCUCCUGCGUCGUUUUUGGGUGUCGUCACGGAUAUAACAACAAAAUCAUCCAAAUAAGCAGAAUAAACAAUAAGUUUAUUAUAAUUUCGUUUUCGUCAUCAGGAUUAUGGUUACUUGUCAAGUGUAGCUAUAGUCUAUGAUCAAUGCCAUUUACUUCAGAUGUCAGCAAAUGCAUAUAAAAAUAAGUGAUCAUAGCAAUAAAUACUGUUAGCUAAAUGCUAGCCACUCAUAGCUAAAUACGCCAUGUUCAAUCUGUAAAUUAGAAAUUAAAAAAACCGGCCAAGAGCGUGUCGGGCCACGCUCAGUGUAGGGUUCCGUAGUUUUCCGUAUUUUUCUCAAAAACUACUGAACCUAUCAAGUUCAAAACAAUUUUCCU